UGAUCGUCUGUGGAGGGAGCCGUGCACCAGGCAGGCAGGCACCGCACGAGGCCUCCAUUUGGACCACCGGGACCAGAACCCGAUCGGGCACGGCGGAGAACGCGAGUAAGCACUCCCAUCCUCAAUCCCUCCCCUCCGCGGCUCCGCCGUAAACCCCGCUGUUCUUCGCCGGAGCACUCCCUCCCCGUUCCCCCGCCGCCCCCGGCCCCCCGACCUCGAUAUCUUCGGAGCCCGCCGUUGGGGGCCUACUGCAUGCUCAAAUCGUAGACACUGGGUCGGGGCGUGGUAGAGAUCCGUCCGGGCUCGGAUCGAUUUCUUCGUUCGCUGCGAAGCAUAAAAUAAGCCAUCACAACUGCAUUUAAAGCAAGGCUUCCCACUGAGCCGAAGGUCCUGAGUUCGACACAGUCUCUCUUCAAAAAAUACAGGGGUCGGUACUCAGGUUAUCAUUCAUCACACUAUUAUAUAUCAUGCAAUAUUUGAACCUUCAUGAGUAUUGGAUGUGAUACAUAAUGUACCCAGGCUCUAAUAAUUUGUACAAAACCGAUGGAAACUUCUAAAUCUCCUCAAUCGUCAAAGAACAGUCAUAUUGUGGUGCCUUCUGAUAGUAAUGGCCCCCGAUUUGACAAUGAUGGUUUUUCUUCAGAAGCUGCAUCAAAUCAAAUGGUCGUUUUCAACUCUGAAGCAGGAGAUAAAGAGCAAGAUGAACUGGGGGAAAACCGUUUGCAGAAGUCAAUCAUAACAAGGGGAAUAUCGCCAUCUAUUGGAGCAUUCACUGUCCAAUGUGCUAAAUGUUUUAAAUGGAGGCUUAUUCCAACGAAAGAGAAGUAUGAAGAAAUUCGUGAACGUAUUAUAGAGGAACCUUUUGUAUGCAAAAGAGCUCGUGAAUGGAGACCUGAUGUAACAUGCAAUGACCCAGAAGAUAUAUCUCAGGAUGGUAGCAGGCUUUGGGCUAUUGACAAACCCAAUAUUGCACAACCCCCUCGCGGAUGGGAAAGGCAGAUUAGGAUAAGAGGUGAAGGGGGUACCAAAUUUGCUGAUGUAUACUAUACCUCUCCUACUGGAAGGAAACUUAGGUCUCUGGUUGAAGUCGAUAGGUUCCUCCAAGAGAAUCCGGAGUAUGGUGCUCAGGGUGUAACUUUAGCUCAGUUUUCGUUCCAGAUACCUAGACCUCUACGGCAGGACUAUGUGAAAAAGAAACCGAAGUUGAUAAAUCCAAGUGAUGAAGCAAGUAUGAUUGCCUCUAAGUCUUUUCAACCAGAAGAAGUGAAACCCAUAGCCUGGGCAGUUGCUACAAAACACGAGGGCGAUGCCAGUGAAGAAGCUUCUCUCACCGAUGAGGCACCUACAUCAGAAGUCAUGCUAGCCCGGAAGAGAAAAGCAGGAAGCUCUUUGUCGAUAGAGCCAAACCAUCUCUCUGAUGAACUUGAACCAAAGCUGGAGGAUGCUUAGAACGGGGAGACGUCUACCUGAUAAGUAAAAGUUAGCAGCAUCGUGAUGCCAACUGCCCCCUAUCAUGGUUUUAUUGGCCCUCUGCUUGUUUCUCAUUUCCCUUUGGAGCCAGUUUCUCUGUUUUGCGAGGUCACACAAGCCUUAUUUGUAGUAUUACAACACAGAAGCUGGCUGACCCAAAAUCCGACACUCUGGGGGCAGCAACUUAACAAAAUGUUUGUACGAGGGUUUAGAGCCCCACGGUGCUUCUUUGGAUAAGUAUGUUUAUUACCUUGUACUUAGCUAGGAACCUGCUUAUAUGUAAGAUCUUUGUGUACGACGGAGAAUUGUCACAGCGGCAUAAUUCUGGUGCAUCUUGGAUUUAAUCUCCUGUUCUUUGUUAGACCGGCCAGUAGGCAGUAGCAAAGGUUUUGAAAUGUCUCAAGUUAUAUAACUACUGUGGUAUUGCUAGUGUAAUUCUCUGAGCAUGUUUUUUAUUUGAUAUUGU